AGCGCUUCCCGCUCUAUGGUGACGGUCGCCGGAGGCGGCCUGAGGAACGGCGCAUGCGCGGCGCCUGGCUGGAGUCCCUCGCCGUCCCUUUUUCCCGCUCGCUUCCUCAGUGCUGGGAUGGCGGCGGCCCUGGCCCUGCAGGGGGAGCUGGCCCAGGCCGUGGCUUCCGCGCGGGUGCUGGUGGUGGGCGCCGGCGGCAUCGGCUGCGAGCUCCUCAAGGACCUGGUGCUCACCGGAUUCGCCCACAUCGACGUGAUUGAUCUGGAUACCAUUGAUGUCAGUAAUCUCAACAGGCAGUUCUUGUUUCAAAAGAAGCAUGUUGGGAGAUCAAAAGCUCAGGUUGCCAAGGAAAGUGUGCUACAAUUUCACCAACAAGCUAAUAUUAUUGCUUAUCAUGACAGCAUUAUGAACCCUGAUUAUAAUGUGGAAUUUUUUCGACAGUUCACCCUAGUAAUGAAUGCCUUAGAUAACAGAGCUGCCCGUAACCAUGUGAACAGGAUGUGUUUGGCUGCUGAUAUCCCUCUUAUAGAAAGUGGAACCGCAGGCUAUCUUGGGCAAGUCACCGUUAUCAAAAAGGGAGUGACAGAGUGUUAUGAAUGUCAUCCUAAACCAACCCAGAAAACAUUUCCAGGCUGCACCAUUCGGAACACUCCUUCUGAACCUAUCCACUGCAUUGUGUGGGCAAAGUAUUUAUUCAACCAACUGUUUGGAGAAGAAGACGCUGAUCAAGAGGUGUCUCCUGAUAGAGCUGAUCCUGAAGCUUCUUGGGAGCCAGCAGAAGCGGAGGCUAGAGCAAGAGCCUCAAAUGAGGAUGGGGACAUCAAGCGGGUUUCAACGAAGGAAUGGGCUAAAUCCACAGGCUAUGACUCAGUAAAGCUUUUCACUAAGCUUUUCAAAGAUGAUAUCAGGUAUCUUUUAACAAUGGAUAAACUCUGGAGAAAAAGGAAGCCUCCUAUUCCUCUGGACUGGAAUGAAAUACAAAAUCAAGACAACAGCACAUCUAAUCAGCAGAAUGAGUCUCCUUUGGGCCUCAAGGACCAGCAGGUUUUAGAUGUAAAGAGCAAUGCCCAUUUGUUCGCUAAGAGCAUAGAGACCCUGAGAGUUCAACUGGCAGAAAAAGGUGAUGGAGCUGAGCUUGCAUGGGAUAAGGAUGAGCCUUCCGCAAUGGAUUUUGUCGCUUCUGCUGCAAACCUCAGGAUGCAUAUCUUUAGUAUGAACAUGAAGAGCAAAUUUGAUAUUAAAUCAAUGGCAGGAAACAUUAUCCCUGCUAUAGCUACCACCAACGCCAUCAUAGCUGGUCUGAUAGUGCUGGAGGGUCUAAAAAUCCUCUCAGGAAAAAUUGAGCAGUGCAGAGCGAUUUUCCUGAAUAAACAACCUAACCCCAAAAAGAAGUUGCUUGUUCCAUGUGCUCUGGACCCACCCAAUCCUAACUGCUAUGUUUGUGCGAGUAAACCAGAAGUGACAGUGAAACUUAAUGUCCACAAAGUCACUGUUCUAACACUGCAAGACAAGAUAGUUAAAGAGAAAUUUAAUAUGGUAGCGCCUGACGUCCAAAUAGAAGAUGGAAAGGGAACUAUUCUCAUCUCUUCAGAAGAAGGAGAAACUGAAGCAAAUAACCACAAGACAUUGUCAGAAUUUGGGAUUCGAAACGGCACUCGGCUGCAAGCAGAUGACUUUCUGCAGGAUUAUACCCUACUGAUCAAUGUGCUACACAGCGAAGAGCUGGCAAAAGAUUUGGAAUUUGAGGUGGUUGGCGAUGAGAUCAUUGGUCCCAAAUCGGAACCGUCCACCAAAAAUAUCACCAAUGGAAGUGAUGACGGAGCACAGCCCUCAACAUCUACAGCUCAUGAUGAUGAUGAUGAUGUUCUGAUUGUUGAGACUGAAGAAGGUCCAUCAAACAAUGCUGAUGACACAGAAACUAAGAACCGCAAGAGGAAGCUUGAUGACAAAGAAUACACUGGUGCAAAAAGAGUGCGAUCCGAGCUGCCAGAUGACAAACAGGAUGAUGUGAUAGCUCUGGACUGAGGGCUGCCAUGCCAGAGGGUGUGCCAAAAGGCCAAUGGAAGGGAGGUGUGAAUAGCUGUAUCAGCCCGAUUUGCAGAAUCUCUGCCAUUGUCAUUCUGUCACAUUUAGAUCUUCCCCAGUAUGCUAUUUGAAAUAUACUGGAUUAUCUUAUCCACUCAAGCACAGUCACAAAAAUUAAGCUCUCUAUAAUGUUUGAAAGCUGAAUUGAUAAAGGAAAACAAAGAAACCAUAGUGAAAAGUUAUCAAUUGGUAAAUUUUCAGAACAUUUCAAUUCUGGCUUAAAAAAACAUUUCUUAGCUUAGUUCUUGCGAUUUGUCACACCUUCAGAGCUAAAUUUGAAAAUGAAGGUGAGCUGUGUUUCAAGUAGUCAUUGGACACUAUGUAAAUUACUGUAAAACAAUUUACUCCCUCAGCUGGUAGUGCCUGCUGUGUGAAAAAUGGAUGUUGGUGUAGUGUUAGAGUUUCAGAUUAUUUAUAUAGGAUGUUAUGUAAAACUUAACUGCUACUCUACCAGCCAUCUAAUGGACCAAGUAAAUACAUUAGCUGUAAACUACAUCUGUUUGCACAGACCACCUGUGUGCUGACCUGAGGAUUUGUAAAGUGAUUUCAUAAUACUGUACUAACUUUGAUCUUAAACAUCCACAAACAUACUGCAGGGCUUUUGAAAAAUAUUCUUUGUUGGCAUUGAAAAGGGAAGGGUUUUUUAAAUAAAAAAAAUUUGUCACUGA